AUGGAUGCAAGCAGUGGUGUACCCCCAGAAAGCGAGACGCAGACGAUGCGGACGGCGCUGCUGCUGCUGGGCGUGCAGCACAGGCUGCUGGAGAACGCGGAUACGCGCAUCCCCGACGCGCCGGCGGUGCUCGGGAACAUCCGGCGCGUGCUCGAGGCGGCGCGGACGGCGGCGGCGGCGGGCGCAGACACGAAUGCGAAGCCGCGGAUUGUGCACGUGCGCCACGCCGGCGCGGCCAGCGACCCGGAGGAGGCCGGGGCACUGCUGCUGCACGACGGGCAGGCGGACGAGAUCGUCAUCGACAAGCAGAGGAACAACGCGUUCGCAGAGCCCGCGCUCGACCGGCUGAUCCGGCCCGACGUCGAGGUCGUCAUCGUGGGCGUCACGUCGGAGUACGCUGUCAAGUCGACGGCCAAGGCAGCCAUCGAGCGCGGCAACACCGUGAUCCUCAUCCGCGGCGCACACGGCACGUACGACCACACCGAGCUCAACAACCACAGCCACGUCAACCGCGGGGCCAAGAUCGCCGCCAACGUCGAGCGCGAGCUGGACAAGGCCGGCGCGAUGGUGCUCGAUAUGGAGUUUGUGCCGAAUCUCUUCGAGGGCCGGUAA